GAGAAUGAUAAAUACAAAACCCCACCAUUUCUCCACCUCCACUUGCCUGCACGCCCCUCUCCCCUUCCUUUUUCUCUUAUUCACUUUUUUUAGUUUUUUUUUCCCAGAAGAAGAAGCAGUGAGAGAGUGAGAUAUCAAUGCCCUCUGCAAAUCUGCCAUUCUUACUUGUUUCAGGCCGCUUUUAAUUUGAUUUAAUUGCUCGAGGAUUACAGAUAGGGACAGCUCUUUAAUUUGGACUCUCUCCCCGAUUCAUAUAUUCAAAUGGUUUUAUCCUCUUCUUCUUUGCUUCUUCUCCACAACAUAAUUAUUUUGUCCUUUUGAUUCUUCCUUCGUUUUUCGCUUCUGAGAAGAAGAAUCUCGUCGGAUUCACCAUGGGUUUGGGAUGGAAACGGCCCUUCUGUGCAUCGAUCCCCAGAGAUCGACAUUCCAAGGAUACUUCUUCUUCCGCCCCUCUUCCCAGCCCCAAAUCCGGAUCUAAGUUCGGAUUCUUCUCCAAUCCUUCCACGCCGCGGUUGCAGUCUCAGCCGCCGGUGUCUACAUCCGGUCUUCGUUGCCGGACCACGGCGACUCCGCCCGCCGACAGUCCCAAGGUUCAUUCUAGGAGUCCCACAUUCUCCCACCGCUCACUGCCUUCCUCUCCUCGCUCCCCUUCCGCCUUCUCUCUGCUCAAAUCCAGUCUCCGUCUAUCUAAGCAGAGCAGAUGCGGUAUAUGUGCGAAGACGGUGAAAUCCGGCCAAGGGACGGCCAUAUUCACGGCGGAGUGCUCUCACAGUUUCCACUUCCCCUGCGUUGCUGCCCAUGUGAAGAAACAAGGUAGACUCGUUUGCCCCAUUUGCAGCUCAAACUGGAGAGAGUUGCCGGUGCUGUCGCCUCUGGAUGAUCAGAUUACGACGGUGGAAGUGGAUGUAGAAGAGAGAACGAUUCGACAGGUGUCGCCGAAACCAAUGGCUGCCGUUCGUGUUAAGAGCGAGGCGGAUAAUAAUAAUAAGCAGCACCGGAUUUUGAAAGUCUACAAUGAUGAUGAACCAUUGAUGUCUCCAACUUCCGGUGCGCGGUUUAAUCCCAUACCGGAAUCCGAUGAGGAGAAUGAGGAGUUUCAGGGAUUUUUCUAUGAAAAAGCGAGCCCGGUGAUGUACAUGGCGGCGACGGCCAAAGUUUGUAAUGACUUUGAGGCGAGGCUGUUGCCUGAUGCGGCCGUAGUUUCUGUCGGGAAAAGUCACGAAACGCAUGCCGUAGUUCUGAGACUCAGAGCUCCGCCGGCUUCGCCGAUGAAUUCUCGUAGAGCUCCCAUAGAUUUGGUGGCGGUGCUGGAUGUCGGCGGUAAAAUGACUGCCGAUAGCAUCCAGGUGAUGAAGCGGGCGAUGAGGCUGGUGGUGUCGUCGCUCUCCGCGGCCGACAGACUCUCUAUUGUGGCGUUCUCCGCGACUUCUAAGCGACUGUUUCCGCUGCGGCGGAUGACGUCGAGCGGCCGACGAUCAGCGCGUCGAAUAGUGGACGCCAUGGUCUCUCUGGGAGGAGCGGCGAGUGCAAACGACGCGCUCAAGAAGGCAGCGAAGGUUCUAGAUGACCGCCGCGAGCGAAAUUCCGCCGCCAGCAUCCUCCUAUUAUCCGACCGCCAUUACGACAAGUCCGUCGCGCUCUCCGUCUACCAGACCCCCCAAUCUCCGGUGGUAUCAUCCUCUAAGCUAUUCGGGACACAUGAGAUCCCCGUGUAUUCCGUCGCACUCAACGAGGCUACCGGGUUCGGAUCCGUGUCAUCCGAAGACGCGCUGACAAAAUGCAUUGGCGGAUUGCUAAACGUCGUCGCUCAUGACCUCCGGAUCGAGCUCGGGUUCGUGUUCGGCUCCGCUCCGGCGGAAAUCGCCGCCGUUUACUCGAACGGGGAACGUCCGGCGUGUCACGGGUCGGGUCAGAUCCGGUUGGGAGAUUUUUACGCAGAGGAGGAGAGAGAAUUGCUGGUGGAACUGAAAGUCCCAUCAUCAGCGGUUGGGGCCCACCACGCGAUGUCCGUUCGAUCCGUUUACAAAGACCCGUCAACUCACGAGUUCAUCCAUUGCCCAGAACAAGCGUUACCCGUUCCACGCGCCCAAGCCGUCCGAUCUUCGCCGCUCAACAUCCGACGGCUGAGGAGUCUCUUCGUGUCGACUCGCGCCGUGGCCGAGUCAAGGCGGCUCGCCGCCGAGCGUAACGAGUUCAGCGCGGCGCAGCGGAUGCUGUCUUCGGCUCGAGCCCUGCUGCUGCAGUCAAACGCGGGGGAACCGGACGAGUUCGUGCGCGGAUUGGAAGCCGAGCUAUCGGAGCUUCACCGGACGAAGCAAAAUCAGGCUCAGGUGGCGGCGCAACGUCGGCGGAGGAACGAAGAACAGAAGGCCGAACCCCUGACCCCAACAUCGGCUUGGCGAGCGGCGGAGAUGUUAGCUAAGGUGGCUAUGACCAGAAAGUCUAUGAACAGAGUCAGCGAUUUACACGGCUUCGAGGACGCCAGAUUUUAGAAAUUCAAGCCGGCUUCAACCCCCCACCCCCGAAUCCCCACCCUUCACUUCAGAAUUAUUAAAUCUUAAACGUUAUU